AUGAAAGAGAAAGAAAGGAUUAAUGCAUACUUGGCAAGAACUAUCACAAUUGUCAACGAGAUAAAGGAAAACGGUGAGGUUUUGACUACAAAUUCUUUUGUCGCAAAGAUUCUUAGAUCCCUCACACCAAAGUUCAACUAUGUGGUGUGCUCCGUCGAGGAAUCUAAUGAUCUAGAUGUCAUGACUACUGAUGAACUUCACGGUAGUCUUCUUGUACAAGAACAGAGAAUGCUCGGUCGACAGGAAGAAGAACAGGUCCUAAAGAUUUCUAAUGAUAAGAGAGGCAAUCAAUGGUCAAAAGGAAGAAGAUAUUAUCAUGGACGUUUCAGAGGAAAAGGUGGAUCACAAGGAAGAUGA